UUUUUUUUGUGUUGGCUCUUGGGAACAUGUCGUUGUUUGGUCGCCGUGUACCAGCAGUCCGACCGCUCGAGUCAUGCUACACGGGCUCUGACAUGAUUCCCUUCAAGGUCUCGAGCUUCAACGGUGGCCAGUUUUCAUCCGAACAUGGACCUGCCAACACGCUUCAAGCUGACACGUCAUGCUUCAGCUCUGCUUCACGAGACAACGUCGGCGUACUGUAUGAACUUGGAGCUUCCGUUGCGUUUGUUUCAGCUGCAAACUCCAACGCAACGCAGCCACUCUCAGCAGCCUCAUCGCAAGCACACUACAGGGAGAUGAACCGCGUCCAUGCUGCACGCCCCCGCCGAUUGCGUUUUUCUACCAAUCGCCACCUGCCCGUUGCAGAUCUCACCUCAUCCGUUGCAGAUCUCACCUCAUCCGUUGCAGAUCUCACCCCAUCCGUUGCAGAUCUCACCCCAUCCUCCAUGCCUCUGCGUCGACGAUUUACGCGAGAGUUCUAUGAUUUUGGGACGAGCAGUGCAGCAGACGCAGUUGUAAAUCCCACCUCAACCCUCCAGUCGCAGCCUCGAUAUGCACCAGAUUACAGUGGUGUUGGGACCUACAAUUGGGAAUCAACAACCGCGGUCAGGUCACGUGAACCAUACGUGCCAGAGUGCCAUGCAGAUUGCGAUCCGCCUCGUGCAGAUUGCGAUCCGCCUCGUGCAGAUUGCGAUACGCCUCCGGCUGGCCUUACACCAGAGGACCUUGAUUUGGCUUCCACAGAAUUCGAGGCAAUGACAUCGCCCUAUCCGUGUGCCUCGCCCAUUUUUGACGAGAUCAUGGCGCAUCGACGAAUUUUGCGGCGAGACGCGGCGAUGCCAAAUCUCUCCACUCUGUGGCAAAAUUUCUCGCUUGUGCGGCCAGCGCUUGGGCCUACGAAGCCCCCACCCCGAGAAAACAAGCUGUUGAAACGAUUCCUUCGUCCGUCCUGCUUCCUGUCAGAAAUCAUCAUCAAGGCGCCAGACUCGGGCUACACGUCGCCAGUUCGCGAAGGGGUUAUUUUCCUGUCUUACGACGCACCACCACGCCCUUGUGUCGUUGCUUCUUACCGGGAUAUAAGCGAGUCUGACUUUUUGCGGCGUCGGCUGAGUUCUUUGUCGGCGCCGCACGAGCGCCCGGAUGCGUUUUUCAAAGUGGACGAAAAGACAAACGUUGCGACCGUUACGCUCCCUGUUGCUCGCACCGUACGAUAUGUUUAUAUUUUGUUUCUGCGGUCGCACUCAAGCGCCGAUAACAUUGACGUGCAGUUUGUUGGCUUCCGAGGAUUGACGCGGCCGACGAGCACAGCAAGUGGCAAUCUCAAUUGAACAGCCCCCCUUUUCUCCUUUGUUUUUGCUUUUGGAAGUGUUUCGUCGUUGAUGGUUUGAAUUUUUUUGAUGGUUUGGAUUUGCUGAA